CUCUACUGGACCCAGUUUUCCCAAGAGAAAAUAAAUAAAUUUUUGGGCCCCCUCUCAUCUUAUCGGUUGGUUUGAGAGGAUUCCAAAAGUCUAAUGUGGAUUGGUUUGCGAUAUGGCCGGCCCCAGUUGAUUGGUCAUUGGUGGGCUGCUCGAUUUCCUCAAGUAAGUGGAACUUCAGCAAAUCAGAAACAUAUCCAGAUCGCAGGAUGAUGGGGAGUUGGGGACUAGGGAGUGAAAAAGAUAAGUAUAGAGAGAGAGAGAUUUUAUUCCUGAGACAAAACUGAAGAUGGCUGGCCUUAGUUUCUGUGCGGCCCUUUCUCCUUCAAGGUCUGCUGCUGCUGCUAAUCAGCUGGAGAAAGCAGGCUUCCAAAGUAUAUCAUGUAUAACAUCGGGUCUUCAGUCAGUAAAGCCAGGUACUUUUGAUGUUGUUGGUUCCACUGAGCUGCAAAAUGCUGGUAAGGCUGGUUUAGUGACUGUUCAAGGAAAGAUUUCGGCUGUUCUUGGGACCAUGCUGAUUUGUGCAUAUCUUUUCAUAACUUUCUUUCCGGAACAAGCAGAGAAGCUAUUUCAACUGGUUCCUGCAAGUUAGCUCUUGGAAGACUACAAGAUUUUGUGGUUCUGUUUCCUUAUAUCCUGACCACAGGGAAAUACAGUUCUUGAUGGUUCUCAACUUUAAAAGUCCAACAGAAGGGAGAAGGAAACCAUGUGAAAAUGGUCUUGACCUGGGCUGAAGGGCAUAACAGUGACCUACCAUGGAGCAUGCUGCAUGCUAGACAGGGAGAGAGGGGUGCGAAUUAUUUUGGACACAUUACAGAGUUCAUACUCCAUUCUGAGUUGUAACAUUACUAGCUAAAUAGCUAUCUUUAUGUAGGUUGUGAAAGCAAUUCGUAUAAAAAAAACCAUUUAAUUGUGAGCUCAUUAUUCUUAUACAACAAUCCUGAAGCAGACAGACAAGUGAACCAAUUUGGAGUCCCGUGGCACAUGUUUGCCUUUGUACAUUAUGGAU